CAGAGGCAGAGGAGAGAAAUAACAGAAGAGGAGAACAAGGAGGAGGAGGAGGAAGAAGAGGCUGUCGUGGAAAUGUGAUGAAUUUCCCAAUGAGAAAUAAAUGUGAAGGAAACCAAGAAGAUCAAAGGUCAGGAAGUCAAGCAUGUGAGCAGAUCAAAGGUGAGAGGAGACGACAGAACACCGGACAGAGAUAUAAACCACAUAUAGACAGUUGAUAUUAGAGAAGAAACUUACCUGGAAUGGCCGAAGAACGAACCGUCCACAACAUCCCGGAGGCGGUGGACGACUUCCUGAGGAACUUCCUCCGACGGGUCGGCCUGAGCCGGACUCUGAGGAGCUUCGAGGCGGAGUGGUACAACUCCGGGCGGAGAGAAGCGCUCGCACCAGAGACACCGACAAAGGAAGUCUUCUUCAUCCCCGACGCCCUGACCCACCGGCAGCUCCUGCAGAGCGCCCUGGACGAGGUCCGCAGGGACACGGGCCUCCUCCGGCAGGAGGUGCUGGCGGUGGAAGAGAGCCUGGUGCGGAUGCAGAGGGAGAGAGACUUCCACCGGCUGCAGUGUCGACGCGUCACCGAGGACAAGGACAGGCUGCUGGAGGACGUCAAGCAGCUGAAGAAACAUCUGGAGUCCCGCGAGCUGAGACAACUGGACGUCAAACCUCAGGCGGCCCGGAGGCAGAGGAGGCUCGUCAGUUCAGCUCAGAACACCUCGGACAAGGAAAAACCCAAAGCCAAGAAAGAGAGAAGCGCCAGAAGGAGCGACACCUCGGACAACGCGUCGGCGAAGAGCUCCACAUCAGCUGGAGAUGCGAGAGACUCUGAGUUUCCCGCAGGCGGCCGCCAGGUGAUCCCUCGUCAGGCCCCAGUGACGUCUCCACGAUGGAGAGACCCCAGUUCCCUCGGCUUGUCCUGCUCCAUCAGAGCCCACCGGCUUCCCAUCAGCUGCAUCAGCCUCCACCCGGGGAGACCCAUCCUCGCCUCCGCCAGCGACGACCGCAGCUGGAGGCUGUGGACGCUGCCGACCAGCGGCGAGAAGGUUGGUCAGAUGAUGCUGACCGGCGAGGGCCACGCCGAUUGGUUGUCCUGCUGCAGUUUCCACCCUGAUGGAACAAAACUGGCAACGACCAGUGGAGACGCGACGGUGCGGCUCUGGGAUUUCUCUCGUGGCUCCUGCGUGUUGACGCUGUCCGGUCACAGCCAGCCCACCUGGGGCUGCUCCUUCCACCACAGCGGCCACUUCCUGGCCUCCUGCUCCGCCGGCAGAACCGCCCGGGUGUGGGACCUGAACAGCCAGCGCUGCCGCCUCACGCUGCGCCACCACACAGCCUCCGUCAACAGCGUCUGCUUCCUGCCCUUCUCCAACCUCCUGCUCACCUGCUCGGCCGACAAGACCCUCGCCCUGUGGGACGCCCGGCUGGGCGUCUGCACCGCUGCCCUCCACGGACACGCGCAUCCCUGCAACCACGCCACCGUCAGCCCGGCCGGUGACACCGUGGCCUCCUGCGAUUCCCGCGGCGUCGUCAACCUGUGGGACGUGAGGAGGCCCGAGUCACCGAUGGCCACGGUGGACGCCGGGCCACAGGGCGCCAACCAGGCGGCGUUCAGCCCCUCGGGGAAGAGGCUGGCGGUCGCCUGCAGCGACGGGCGGGUCCGACUGGUGGAGGUGGACACGUGCGCGGAGAGCAGCCUGCCGGGAGACGGCGACGGCGUGGAGAGCGUGACGUUUGACCACACAGGGGCAACUGUGAUGUCGGCAGGGACUGACGGGCUGAUUAACGUGUGGUCAGAAGUAAACGCGCCGUGAAACCAGGACGGGAUCAGCGCUCGACCGAAGCGACCAAACCCUGUGACCCACAGGAGCGUUUUUCCUGAACAAGAGGAGCGAGUCCUGUGGGCGAUUUGUUUAAUUUUCUGGCUCCUUCUGGUGGUAACAUUUGCAAACUGCAACCAACUGAGCAACUGACAGGGGACACUGAUGAAUGAAACAGAUCUGCUGUCAUCAUAUCACAACUGUUUAAUCAAAUCAGAUUUAAUCAAAUCACUUGAUAAUAAUUGACUUUUCUUUUCACAUAAAAAAAUCCAUCUACUCAA